GUAGUUUUCUUAGUUCUUCUUUGCUUUCGUCAUGUCCGAGACCGCACCGCCCGUCCCAGCUGCUUCCACUCCCCCCGAGAAGCCCUCAGCUGGCAGGAAGGCGAAGAAGCCUGCGAAGGCUGUAGCAACUGCCAAGAAGAAGCCCGCGGGUCCGUCAGUCUCGGAGCUGAUUGUGCAGGCCGUUUCUUCUUCUAAGGAGCGCAGCGGCGUGUCCUUGGCUGCGCUCAAGAAGGCGCUGGCGGCCGCCGGCUACGACGUGGAGAAGAACAACAGCCGUAUCAAGCUAGGCCUUAGGAGCCUGGUGAGCAAAGGCACUCUGGUGCAGACCAAGGGCACCGGCGCCUCGGGCUCUUUCAAGUUCAACAAGAAAGUAGCCUCGGUGGAUAGCAAGCCCAGCGCCACAAAGGUAGCAGCGAAAGCGAAGGUAACAAGUUCUUCUAAGAAGCCCAAGAAGGCCACCGGGGCGGCUGCUGGUAAAAAAGGUGUCAAGACUCCGAAGAAGGCUAAAAAGCCUGCGGCGACAAGGAAGUCCUCCAAGAGUCCCAAGAAGUCCAGGGUUGUGAAGCCUAAGAAAGUAGGAGUCUAUCGUUUUGAUGUUCUGACCACAGAAUUAUAUCAGCUCUAACAUCCACGUAAGAGGAGCCAGACUUGAAAUCAAUCUCAUUGAUUGUCUGAGAGAUCUUCUGAGACCAGUAGGAUGUCCAGAGAACUAAAACAGGAACUGAGGAGUGGCAUCAAGAUUGAAAAAAGGAAAACAACCAGUCCCAUCCUCAGAGAACCUAGAGAAAAGAGACACAGGGAGACUGAUGGCUGAGAUACAAGAUGUGGGAAGGAGAAGGAGAUCUGAAGACUAGAGGUCCUGCCCAUGAAUUGGAGUGAUGAGCGGACACCCAGUUCCUGGAAUAUGACAGAUUGGAUCAUUUUUACUUGUCCAGGGGCAUCAGGAUAAACUCAAGGAGAUUAGCAUAGUCUCUUGGCCACAAGCUAAUUAAUAUGCUAAUCAAGCACCUUCUUGAACAACGAUCGCUGUCUUCCUUAUUCCUGAUGAAGAAGGGACUUUUUAGGGGUGAAGAGCCUAUGUGCAGAGCUUCCUGCAUUUCCAAUCCCAGCGGCCUGAUAACGCCGUUCCCUCACUGCGAGUCCCAGAGAACCGGUGCACAGACUCCACUUCAGGCUGUUGGUGUGAGUGGGUGUGAGAGGCAAGGCUGAGAGAGGAGGAUGUGAGGAGCCAUUCACACAGAAUCCCAGGCACUGAGGCUGUUUGUGUGGAUGAAGAAAGUGGAAUUAUUGAUGGUGCUGAGAGCUCUAAUAGACCUUGUCUUUGGGGAAAAACUCGUGCAGAAUCUACUGAGGACUAGGCACUCAGAAUGCCUCUGCAUCUCUGUCCCUCCUUAAUUUAGAUUUUGAGACUGUAUGCAGCAAAUGUCUUAUGAUAGAUUGCAAAAAUUGCCCUAAAUUUAUCUCAUCUUAUUGCUCAUUACAAUGUGACAUUGUCGCUUCUCUCAUCAAGAGGUGGAGUUUAGGGCUUCCCUGGUGGUGCAGUGGUUGAGA